UCCUUUCUCACUUCUCAGUCUGAAUUCUCUCCAACCCCCUAAAGCAAACAACUUUUUUCGUCUCUUUCACCUUCACUGAAGUCGAUUCUAUUGAGACUUGAAUGGACUCCAUGGAUGAGGCGGAGUCAGAACCGCCGCCGCCGCUGUCGUCACUACCACCACUAUCAAACCUUAUUCUCUCCCUUGAACAAGCAACCCUCAUGGCCAAGCAGCUCCCUUCCACCUCCGACCCAACUCGCCUCCUCCACAUCAACUCCUCCCUCCACCAAGCCCACCACCACCUCUCCACCUUCCUCUCCACAACCCACUUCCCCCAGCCGCCUCCCGCCGCGGAGAACUCCCUCUCCUCCGCCACUGGCAACGAUCCGAUGGACUUCGGCGGCGAUGAGGAGAAUUCCAAGAGCACAAUUGAGAGGGUGGAGGAGCAGAUGAGGGGCUGCUUCAUUAAGAAUAAGAGGGGGAGGAAGAGGCAGCUUUCGCCUUCUGCGGCGGCCGUGGCGGAGGAGAGACGGCUCAACGGUGAUGGGCUUGUGGGCAAUGUGGUGGGCUUUGAUCCUCAUGAAACUAGGUCGAGGGCAUUGGAGCUUGUGUACCAGUUUCAUUUGUGAAAAAAUGAAAAUGAAGCAGAGCAGAAACAGGGGAAAACAGAGGAGGUGUGUUGCAUUAGGAUGAUGAGUUUACAAGAGAUGAUUUUGUUGUCUUCUAUGAGUAGCUUCUUGGAAUAUAAAUGCUUAGCAUUGUGAACUUGAAUGAUUAUGUAGAUUGUAGGCGAAUAUCAGUAGCAUGUUGAAUGAGAAAAUUGUUCUGCGACUUCAA